AGAUCGCCAAUGAAACUAGGCCUUGGCCUUUGUUUGGUGCUUUAAAUAUGACUUUUUUAAUUAAAGAGAGGAUCUUAUAACUUCUCUCUCUCUUGCUCUCACUAACAAAGAACAAAAAUGGGUCUGGUAAUAAAAGCUCUCAAAUAUCUUCUUCUCCUCCACAUCUCCUUGAUCUUUAUCUACACCAAUGAAGUCUCAUCAACUUCUACGGUGACUCCUCCACCUUUGCGGGCGAAGAUGAGCCGGAGACUUGUGGCGGUUGAAGGCAUGGUUUAUUGCAAGUCUUGCAAGUAUUCCGGCAUCGAUACUCUCUUAGAAGCAUCUCCUCUCCAAGGAGCGACCGUAAGGCUUGCAUGCAACAACACAAAGAGAGGUGUGACAAUGGAGACAAAAACAGACAAAAACGGAUACUUCUUCAUGUUAGCUCCGAAUAAACUCACCACCUACGCUUCCCACACGUGCCGGGCUUGGCCCACGAAACCCGGACCCUCGGCUGCAACGAUGACAUGCACUAUCCCGUCACAGCUCAACAAUGGAACGACCGGUGCUGUGCUUAAGCCUUCGAAACCAAUCAACAUCGCUGAACACGACUACGUUCUCUUCUCUGUUGGACCCUUCGCGUUUGAGCCGGCCUGCACUCGUUGAAGACUCGAAUUCCGUUUUAUGUAUUUGUGUGUUUUGAUUGUUAUGAUGAUCACUAGUAUUUUGAAUGUUUCUGUCUUGCUUGUUUCGUUUUUUUUGGGUAUGUUCUCAUUUGAAAAACUUAUGCGUGUUUUUGCGUGUGGACAUUUUAAGAUCAUUAUUGUGUUUUGAUUUCAUAUAUGUAUACUCGCUUAAUUACCUCUAUGGCGUUACACAAACUAGCAAUCUUCCUUAUUACUG